GGCUCCGGGCACACAUGCCUUUAGAAAAGCCACGGCAGCACCAACGCGCCCCCCGGCUGGCGUCCGCCGGAGCGCCAUGAAAUAAAAAAGCGAAUCGUCUUGUCCCUGGUUUUCGUUUGUCUCUUUGCCCGGGUAAUCCGCUAUUUUCUUCCGGUGCAUUAUUUUCUUCCGGUGCAUUCGCCGCUGCAGGCGCGGCGCGGGCGGCGACGAUGGGCGGGCGUGUGACCCGCGUUUUCCGGACCUUCAACGUGGAGAACCGGGCCCGCCGCGAGAUCAGCAAGGAGAAGCCCACGCCCGCGCCGCGGCACCGCGUCGCCCGCACGGACGCCACGGCCGAUCAACCAGAGAUAAAAGAAGAAAUUUUAAGAAAGGACGAUAGGCUUCUCACAUUGCUAAAAGAUGUUUAUGUCGAGUCCAGAGAUCCGCCAGUACAGGUAAAAGAUGGAGGUGGAGAACAUCUUCCGUGUAAACAGGAGGAAAAGAGACUUACAAAACUAGGCCAUUUGGGAGCUCUAGAUGUAAAGAAAGUUUCCAAAGGCAAAAUUUCCAUUGUGGAGGCUCUGACACUUCUUAAUAAUCAUAAACUUCAUCCUCAAAUAUGGACUGCAGAGAAAAUAGCAGCAGAAUACAGUCUGGAACUGAAGGAUGUCAACUCUCUUCUGGAAUUCUUCAUUCCUUUCACCGUGCAGGAAUUUCCUAAAGAAACCAAAAAAGCUAUAAAGUCAACAUAAAAAUACUUGCCAAAA